AUGUUCCCCACCCAGGCUAUGCGCAUGCAGCCCUCGCGGCCCUUCUUCCACCCGGCCCCUAAGGAGUCUCACUCCGCCCACACUAUCUCUCAGCGUCUGCGCAUGAUCAAGAAGUGUCCCCCAGAGUUGAUUCCUCUCGGUGUUGUCCUUGGUGUUGCUGUCGGUGCCGCCGUCUACUCCAGCAUCAAGAAGCUCACCUCCGACAAGACCCUGCGUCUAUACCGCAACAGCCCCGAGAGCCGCGAGCAUUAA